GAAGCGAGCGUAGCUUAAAAUCUAUGUCAACGAUUAUUGAGACAAUGGUUGAUAUGGAUUGUAAGCUAAAUUUGUCGGUGUAAACAGUAAACUGUAUGUAUGUGUGUACUAAUAUUACGUAUAAUCAAAAGUACUAGAUUAGAAAAAGUACAUUUUCCCAAGGAUUAACGUCCUUGCAUUUUCCAAAACAAACACGUUCUUGAUCACCCGGUAUAUGAAAUAAUCAAACCAAAUAAUACUACCAUCCUUGAACGCAGCCUAUUGAUUGUCGCUUCGCAUAACCUCUGAACAAUAACCUACAAAACCAAAAAAUUUUAAUUACGAAAUAUAAAACCAUGGUAAUAGCUAUCGGUUUCGAAGGGAGCGCGAACAAGCUAGGAAUAGGAAUAAUUAAAGACGGUGCUGUUUUGGCCAACUGCCGACGAACCUACAUCACUCCACCGGGUGCCGGAUUUUUGCCAAAGGAGACUGCCCAGCAUCACAGAGAAAAUGUCCUGGCAGUUCUUAAAGAGGCUUUAGAUGAAUCGAAAAUAGAUGUAAAAGAUAUGGAUGUUGUGUGCUACACCAAAGGGCCAGGAAUGGGUGCUCCCUUGGCUUGCGUUGCCGUCGUUGCUAGAACUGUCGCCCAGAUUUGGAAUAAGCCGUUGCUGGGAGUUAAUCACUGCAUUGGUCACAUUGAGAUGGGUCGUCUGAUAACGGGGGCUAAAAACCCCACCAUUCUGUAUGUAAGUGGUGGUAACACGCAGGUCAUAGCGUUCUCAAGGAAACGUUAUCGUAUCGUUGGUGAAACGAUUGAUAUAGCUGUGGGGAAUUGUUUAGAUCGAUUUGCCAGAAUACUCAAACUUUCCAAUUCACCUAGUCCCGGUUACAAUAUCGAACAAUUGGCGAAGAAGGGUAAAAAAUGCGCCACCUUGCCGUACUGUGUUAAAGGAAUGGACGUGAGCUUCUCCGGGAUAUUGACAUACAUGGAAGAACGUGCCAAUAUGUUAAUGUCAGAAGGUUACACAAAAGAGGACCUCUGUUUUUCUCUGCAGGAGCACGUAUUUGCAAUGUUAGUUGAAACGUCUGAGCGAGCAUUAGCCCAUUGCAAUUCCGAUGAAAUGCUACUCGUGGGAGGCGUGGGGUGCAACGAACGGCUGCAAGAGAUGAUGAAGAUUAUGUGCGAAGAACGUGGUGCGAAGGUAUUCGCAACAGAUGAAAGGUAUUGCAUUGAUAACGGAUUGAUGAUUGCUCAUGCCGGCGCCGAAAUGUUUAAGAGUGGCACAAAAAUGAAAUGGGAGGACUGCACUAUUAUGCAAAGAUAUCGUACUGACGUUGUUGAAACUUCGUGGAGAAAUGAGGAUGAUUUAUUGUAAUUAGUAACAGAAUAAUAAAUAAUUUUUAUACAUUC